CAAUGAUCGUAUGAGUGAGGUGGAGAAGCGACUUGAAGAGUCAGAGGAACAUCGUCGUAGACAAGACAAAUUAUUAAAUAAACUCCUCCAAAUAGUCCAAAGCCAAAGUGGUGUUGUGGGCACCUCACAUGCAUCUGGUUCAGGUGUUGGGGGAGCAUCCAACGAACCAGCUUUUGCUGCUGUUACCUCAGUUCUAGGAGCAACACCUACUGCCAGGGCCUCUGCUCCACCAACUGGCAGGGCCUCUACUCCACCAAAUGCCAGGGCCUCUGCUCCACCAGCUCCCAAGGCCUCUGCUCCACCAGCUCCCAAGGCCACUAUUCCAACACCUCCACUUGUUGCCCCACCAGCCACACCUUGUGCAGCUGCUCCACCAGCACCAUCUCCGGUUACUUCUGAUAAUAGAUUGAGGUGUGAUAUGUACGUGAUUGAUCCCAAAGAAAAAGAUCCGGUCUUAGUUGCAUCAGGUUAUGUGAAACUUGAAAAGGCAGACAAAGAAGGCAAUAUUAUAAUACAUGGAGUUAAAAAGAAGUUUGAUGAUUUCAAACGUGUCUUUAUUGAGAAGGUGGUUGAAGAAAAUGCCAUUCUACCAUGCCCUAUAGAACAUGAAGGCUUCGACAUAGUUGGUUUAGCUGUAAACAAUUUUGUAGCUUGGCCAAAGAACCUAAUCAACAUACAUCCAGAUGAUUUAGCGAAGAUGAAAGGAAAGAAGAAAGUUUCAAGAGAUCAUUUGGCUCCACCGACUCAGCCACCGAUAAACCCAAAGGGGCCUAAUAAACAGUCUGUCAAACGGUACAUUCCCCCUGCAAAGACACAAUUAUUGUCUGGACUUUCAGAGAUUGUGAAGAAUUGGCCUGCUAAGAAAUCAAAGAGAUACUAUAUUAAACCGGAAGUGUUCGGAGGAGAAGGCCAAGAGUGUUGGAUCAGCGCUGACGAGGUGGAAGAUGUGUGCGAGCUCCAUAUGAUUGGAAAUACUGUUAUGUCUCUUUGGUGCAGUUAUUUGCAAGAACACACACUUAAUCUUGGUGGGUUGAGGAAUACAUAUGCAUUUAAUAAUCCUGCUUCAGUAUCAACUGAAGCUGGUAAACUCAAACAACGUUCAGAGAAUCUAUGUCAGCGAAUGAUGGGUAUGCAACCUGAACAAUGGUUGAUAUGUCCGUGGAAUUCAGGUUCAAGUUAGACGCUCCCUAUAGUAACGAGGAGAUCAAUGCCGUACGGGAUGAGUUGGCCGAAUUUGUGAAGCCAUUGAUUAUAGAUUAAGUACUUAAGGUUACUACACUUUUGAUAUAAUACAUGAGUAACAAGUUUUAUGAUUAUUGUUAUCUUUUGCAUAUAUUAUUAGUUUAUAUUUAGUUUACGAUAUUCAUGGAAUUUAAGUUUUAGAAUCGAUUUUAUUAACAAUUUUGGUAUUGUGUGAUUAGUUAAUAGAAUCGAUUACUAAUUUAAUAUAAGUUUUAAAAAUGUUAUUUUAAUUUUUUUUGUAUUA